GGUCUCAUCUUGUUCGCUGAGUGUGUAUUUAGUUUAAUGAUGAGUGAUUUGAAGCGAGAGGGACGGAGGAAAUUGUUUUUGUUUAUCAUCGAGGCAGGCAUAAGGUUGGGAGCGAAAAAUAUUACAGUUUGCACUGCGUCUAUUCUUACAUAUAGAGUACUGAAGAAGCAGUCGUCAGAAGGCAUAUGUCCUUACGUAGAUUCCUUUGUGCACUUUUGCUCUUAUAAUCUUUGCUUUCUGACUCUCGCCUGUGCCUGCAUUUUAUUGGCGGCAAAGACAGAGGAGGAUCAAGUAGUUCGCAUAAGAGAUGUAAUUAACGUUGCUUACAGCAUCCUGCAUCCGGAAAAAGCUAUUUUACGCAUUGGUGAACAAUCAUGGGCCAUGCGGGAAGGAAUUGCCAGAAUGGAAUAUUUGGUGUUGCGUAUAUUAAAGUUUGACGUUGAAGUGGAUAAUUCUCACCAAUAUUUGGUGCAUUACUUGUCUUCUUUGAGAGACUGGUGUCCUCGCGAAUUUUCGAAGUAUGAUAUCCCAGCCUUUUCUUUCACUCUACUGCGGGACGCUCAUGUGUGUCCAUCAAUGGUUCUUUCGCACAGCCCACAGACAGUUGCAAUCGUUUGUCUUUCAAUAGCUCUUAGGACUUUCAGGGUAAAUGUUUGCACCCGUUGGUACAAUGUUUUUAGUGAAUCAAUGACAUCUUCGAAGCUUCGGCGAUUGGAGAAGGAAUAUCUUGAAAACAUUUUACAAGUGUAUUAA